AUGGUUGGGCGUCAAACGUUGCCUACUAAUGUGAGACCGUUUCAUUAUGACUUGACCUUGACUCCUGAUUUGGAAGACUUUACCUUUAAGGGAAGUGAAUCUAUAACACUAAAUAUCAAUGAAAAUACAAAAACAAUCACGUUAAAUGCAAAUCAAAUUGAAGUCCAAACCGCUAAGCUUAAUAGUAUCGAUUCAUCAGAUAUAUCUUAUGACGAUAAAAAGCAAACUGUGACUUUUACUUUUCCGAGCGAAGUGCAAGCCGGCACAUUAGCUGUUUUGCACAUCGACUUUACAGGAAUUAUAAAUGAUAAGAUGAAUGGUUUUUAUCGUAGUUCUUACACCGAUGCUUCAGGGAAUCAAAAAUAUUUAGCUACCACCCAAUUCGAAGCUACUGAUGCCCGUCGUGCUUUUCCCUGUUGGGAUGAACCAGCAAUCAAAGCUACUUUUAAUAUUACUUUGAUUGUCCCGUCGGAUCUUGUGGCUUUGAGUAAUAUGAAUGUGAUUUCUGAAAAACCAGUUGAAAAUAACAAAAAAGAAGUGAAAUUCUCACAGACGCCGAUCAUGAGUACUUAUCUUGUGGCAUUCCUCACUGGAGAUUUGGCUUAUAUUGAGAGGUAUACAACUGGUGAAUUUAAUGAAAAACCAGUUCUUAUCCGAGUUUACGCAAUUAAAGGGUCAGAAACUCAAGGAGCAUUCGCGUUGGAUGUUGCGACUAAAGCACUUGACCAUUUUUCUCGAAUCUUUGAAAUUCAAUAUCCCUUGCCGAAAUUAGACAUGGUAGCAAUUCCUGAUUUCGAAGCAGGUGCUAUGGAGAAUUGGGGUCUUGUCACGUAUCGUACAGCUGCAAUUCUUUUUGACCCAAAAGCAUCUGACGCACGAUUUAAGCAACGUGUAGCCUAUACUGUGGCCCACGAAUUAGCUCAUCAAUGGUUUGGAAAUCUCGUCACUAUGGAAUGGUGGGAUCAUCUCUGGCUUAAUGAGGGGUUUGCUACUUGGGUUGGUUAUUUGGCAAUUGAUGAAAUUUUCCCAGAUUGGGAUAUUUGGACACAAUUCGUGGUUGAGGGUCUCCAACUCGGUCUCAAACUUGAUUCCCUUCGUUCAUCUCAUCCUAUCGAAGUCCCUGUAAAUGAUCCCGGUGAAAUUUAUCAAAUUUUCGAUUCUAUAAGUUAUUAUAAGGGUGCCUCUGUUAUUCGAAUGUUAAGUUCUUACCUUGGUGUAGAUGUUCUCUUGGCUGGUGUUCGAAGAUAUUUGAAUGCCCACUUGUAUGGAAAUGCGAGUACAGAUGAUUUAUGGGAGAGUUUAUCGAAAGAAAGUGGAUACGAUGUUGGUAACUUUAUGACUGGAUGGACCAGAAAAAUUGGGUAUCCAGUGCUCAAUGUUACUGAACCUCAACCGAAUACUAUACACAUCAAACAAACCCGAUUUCUUUCUACCGGCGAUGUUGCCCCAGAAGAUGACACUACUAUUUGGUGGGUACCUCUUGGAAUUACUCUAGGGAAAUCUACACCUGCAAAUAUCAAAUCCCAAGUACUUACAACAAAGGAAGCUGAGAUUACAUUUCCACAAGUCGAGAGUGAUUUCUUCAAGUUAGACACACAUGAAGUUGGAAUAUUUCGAGUCAAUUACAUACCCGAACGAUUAAAAAAAUUGGGAAAAUCCGUCAAGAAUGGCGAGUUAACGAAUAUAAGUGAUCGUGUGGGUAUAGUUGCCGAUGCAGGUGCAUUAGCAGUGAGUGGAUAUGGAAAGACUAGUGGAUUCUUGAAUUUGGUGAAUGAAUUCGGCAAUGAGGAUCAAUAUAUUGUGUGGGUCGAAAUGAAUACUCGUAUUGCGGAUAUUGUCUCCGUAUGGUUUGAACAACCUGAGCCUAUUUACCAAGGACUCUUGUCAUUCCAACGAAAUUUAUCUUCGAAAUUGGCACACCGAUUAGGUUGGGAAUAUCCUGAAAAUGAGGAUUAUCUGACUACAAUGUUAAGAUCUUUUAUUAUUAAAGUCGCUGGCAAGGCUGGAGAUCCAGAAAUUGUUAAGGAAGCUAAGCGCCGCUUUGAACUUUUCACCGAGAAAAAUGAUCAAUCGGUUUUACAUCCUAAUAUACGAGGCGCAGUAUUUGAGAUUGUGUUAAGACAUGGUGGCGGUGAAAAAGAAUUCGAAGCGAUAUUGAACAUUUUCAGAAAUAGUCCAACAGCCGAUCAACAAAUUUGCGUGUUAGUUGCUCUUGGAUCUGUGCAACAACCUGAAUUGAUUCAACGUGCAUUGGAAUUUUCCAUCUCUCCGGAAGUCCGUCAUCAAGAUGUUAUUUAUUCUCUCUCGGGCUUGCAAAUUAAUCGUAAAGCAAGAAAGCCAUUGUGGGACUUUAUCAAACAGAAUUGGGAUUUGUUCGAAGGUCGAUAUGCAAAAUCACUUAGUCUGUUCGGACACAUUAUUAAAUGUGCGAUAGAAUCGCUCUCAUCAGAUGAAGCAGCAAAUGACGUAGAGAAAUUCUUUGCCAAUAAAGACACCAAGGCUUACGCACGAUCGCUGGAACAGAGCUUGGAGAAUAUUCGUAAGAAUACCGCGUGGUUAAAGCGUGAUGCUAAAGAUGUCGAGGAAUGGCUGGCGGCUAACGGCUAUUUGAAGAAUGUAUAA